AUGAAGUUCUUUAGUACACUCACCUUGGGCAUGAUUGUCGUAGCUGUCGACGCAGCUUACCCGAACCCGGGUAAUAGUCCUCCAGAUGCUUGUUAUACUGCUAUUGCGAAGCCCAACAUCAAACAGCGAACCAUUGACUGCAAGUCAUUUCUGCUUACGACAGUGACUCCCAAGAAGUCUACCAUUUACAAAACGUCGACAAUUACCAGAAAGACUCCGACCGUUACCAAGUCAAUCACGGUUACGAGCACCUCGCCCGCCACCGCCACCAGUGUCAACUCUGUCAUACAGACCGUGACGGAUAACAUCGUCGUCACGCGAACUGUGGAGCAAACCAAGACCGUGACAGAGCAGACCACGACGACGAUCACAACUGAGGCCGCUGAUCCUGCCCCGACCAUCAAGCGCAAACGCUCGGUACCUCGCAUCCCUGAAUACCUUGACAACCUAUGCACCAACUCUGCUCAAUACUCGUCAGCUUGCUCACGUAUUGGUGUCACUGCCAAGACGGUUACCGCGCCUCGCGUUACCAUCGUAUCCAAUAUCGUUCGCGUCAAGAUCCCACGCGCCACCACCGUUCGCACAACGGUUAACACCGCCUGGGUCACCCAGACAGUAAAGACCACAACUGUCUACAAGACCUACAGUACUGAAGAAGUCACCAAGACGCUCGAUUUCAUCAUCGACGAGGUUACUGUUGCUACAAAGACUGUCACAGAGACCACUACAAAGACCGAAACAGCCUCGCCACUGGAGACAGUAAAAUUAGUUGCCGUUGGUAGCACAGAUCCUGCCCUAGCAGGCGGAUUAGGCCUAUCAUCCUUGGAGUCCAACCAAGGCAGCAGUACUAGCUUUUACAUGAAGUUCACCUCCGAUGCGGCCUCUCAGAUUUAUACCAUACAUAAAGUAACUGGCGAAGUCAAAGCGCUCAAUGGGCCAGGCAGCGCUGUCGGCCUGGCUGCUUCGUUUACUUACUUUCCCGGAAGUGGUAACCCCUAUGGUGCUGUGAUGAUACAAGUCUCGCCAACACCGACCCUGUUCAAUCACGGAAAAUGCCAAAGAACAGGCCAUCGCAACAAAAAACGAAACAAGGCAAAAUACGCAGCGUUGGCUCAAUCGCGGAGAGAAAUGGAAUUGCAAAAGCACGAGUCUGCUAAAGCAGUAGCAGACAAUGACGAACUCGAUUUUGGAGCCAAGAUUGAUCAUUUGGCCAAGAUUAGAGGAUGGUUCUCUGGCAGCACGGCGAUCCUUGACAAAUACCUAAAUGGAACGCUGGAUAUUGCAGAGACAGUAGACAUCAUCGCGAGACCAAUAGAUGAAGCCUACUCGACUGCUGAUUUCGGUCGACAAUAUUUCGAGCAGGAGGCAUGCGCUCGGACACAACGAGGUUUUCACAGUCCCGAGAAAGCGCUUGAACUUUGGGGACCUGAAGAGGAUUACACAGAACCUCAAGAAGACUUUGACCCAGAAAAAUCAACAGAAGCCCAGUUGUGGCAACUAUGGUUUUCGAUCCUUCAUGCAUCGAAACGGAUUCCCUUUUCUGAUGAAGCGCAACAGAUGAAACUGGUUCAUCUGGUCAAAGCCUUCAAAGCGCGUCCCAAUCCACCACCUCCUGAACCAAUGACAAUUCCGCUGAAAAGAAGUUGGAUCUGGGAGUCUGAUAAAUUGUGGACUGAUUUAUUAGUUCUGGGUAUCUCAGUGUCAGAGACUUUCAACGAUGUUUGUGGUUGUGGAGCUGGUUGGUUGUGGCCAGAACAACGAGCAUGCGAAAACCUUUUCGCUCUCCUGGCUCGACUCACAUCCAAUGGAAUCGAUCUCUCCAGAAUUGGAGUCUCGUGUGUCGCUGCUCUGGAGCAAACUCCCUCUCCUGGUUACAGGCCAUUCCCCGCGCCGCCUAUCAGUGAGGUGCUGAGUUACGACGUGACUUGUGCGGCUCUUUGGACUAUCGUCGCCGGCAAAGAAGUUUUUGGGGGAUAUCCAGACACCCGUGACGAGAGGGACAUACAAGUAGUGGACAGAAUUAUCACCUUGAGGGAUAAUGAUUUGCCUUGGAAUAGGUCUUUGAAGAAAUACAAGGGUCGAGCGCGUUGGGAAACUGCACGGAAGGAAUUUGCCCGACGAAGAUUUGAAGAUGAAUCAAGGAACGAGGAUUUAUCAGUUGAAGCUCGUGAGUUGGCCGCCAAAGCUGCGCAGUCUAUGGUGCCAUUGAUUUGGCUACAUGGGGAGAAGGCUGAGCAAUAG